UAAUCGUCCAAAAAGAGAGUUGGCCUACCCUAAUUCUACAAUCAUCGCCGCUGGAUAGAGGCUUUGAGACCCGAACCCUAGAGUCGAGAUUAACCGGAAUCUCUGAAGAGGCUUUCGCCCUUUUUGUCGAUGAAGAAGGUUCAUUUUGCUCUGGAAGGAAGGAUGCUUUGAGUGUAGAAGCUUAUUGACGAGGUGUUGAUGCUAGAUUGAGCGAUGAAAUGGGCCACGACGUUUGUCUGACGAGGUCGUUGCAGAAAGGUCAACUUGGAGUAAACCCUCGCCUUUCGCAGUCUGUUGAUCGGUUCCUUCAGAUAACUCGGGACUUUAAUGGAUCUCUGCUUGAAGGGGGGUUGGUUGCCUGUAGCGGGAAGCCGAAGGCCUGGAGCAGAUCGCCCUCAGAGUUCCGUGGAAUGGCGUGUCCCACCCCUACUCCAUUCUGGAAUGCUGCGUCAGUGUUGAGUAUGAGGGUUGUAGUUCCGCAUCGAAGCUGUAGAAUUUUUUGUGAAUGUUUGAAUAGCACCAGAUUCGUGUGUAGCUUUUGAUUUCAGAUAUGAUGUUGAGACUUGAGAAAGUUUAAAAUGGCAGGAACCACUCAAACGCAGAUCGAUGAUGCCAUCUACCCCAAAGGGAAAUGGAUCAAGGUGCUGGAUAACAAUUUCCAGCUAGACCUUGCGGUGUUCAAGUGCCAGAACCCCAUAGUUCCAGCAAUCAUGAAAGGUCACUAUCUCUGGCCUGCACUUCACAACUCAAAACCAGUGCCAGAGAUAUACCUACAACAGUUCUGGGGUCAUAUGCAUACGGAUUCGCUGAAGGAUCGCUCAAAGAUAAAGACCAAGCUGAACGGCAUGCGGGUGAUUCUGACACCAUCCACUCUACGGGCUACUCUAUCACUGCCAAUCCAUGACGAGUACGAUGCGCUGCCGUCCAUCCCAAAUCUACUGAAAGACGUGGCAUCCCUAGGCUACACUUCAUUACUGCCACAGCUCUCCAACUUCAACGGAGCAUAUCUUCACCAUCCGUGGAAGAAUCUCUUCGGGCUGGUGAACAAGUGCCUGUCGCCUAAGCAUGCUGGCUUCAACAAGUGCAACAAGCAAAUACUGCUAGUCUUUCAUGACAUCACUUUCAACAAGAACUACGACCUGGCACAGCUCUUCUUCUCAGAGCUAAUGGACCUGGUCAAAGCCAAAGAAAAGAAUAGGCCAGGUACCAUCCCGUACGCAAGGUGGCUCGGGCUAAUCAUACACGACUGCAUGGCAGAUCACUCCUCAAUACCAAGACGCAGUACUGAUCCUCACUUCACCGCACCGAAGCUGUAAUACUUUAAAGCAGACAAGAAUCCUGCCUUCGGUCUGAGGAUACCUGAGUUUCUGCUCAAACUUGUUAAAACUUCAAAUCUAGCAGUCCAGUAGUACAAGGAAGCCACUGAGAGAACCGUCCCUAUGGUUCAGCAAAACCCAGCUGGACCUACCCCUGGGACGAAGCCGAGUGUUGGUAAGGAUCCAAAGAGAGCCCAAAAGCCACAGAAACCAAUGGCCGGUUCGCCCAAUGAAGGAAAGUCUGACGACUCGCUAGAGACGAGUCAGGCGGCUGAGGGCACCGAAACAGACGCUGAGGAAACAGCCAAUGAAUCGUCAAGUGAAGCCCAAACAAACACUGACGACGAGGCAUCCGAGAGCGUGGGCACAGAUAGCGAGGAAUCUGGCUCGGAUGAUGACAAUGACGACAACGACAGUGAAUAUGUUGAGCACACAUAUGCCCUGAUCAAAAAAGGGAAGCUGUCAGUCGAAUUUCCAAAGAAGACAAGAAUAACUGCUGAAGAUGCAGCACCGAUAAUCGCUGGCAGAUCCCAAGUCUUCACUAUCAAGGAGAAAGCUAAACCGAGAGUUGAUCCCAACGAGACAAACUGCUCAAAGGACGACUAUGACGAGGCAGCUCAUCAAAUCAAGAAUUCUAAAGAAGUCGUCAUCCGGGAGAAAAGGGCAAAGGUCAAGAAUGACAAAACUGCCAAGGCAAAGCCCCAGCCCCGAGCCAGAAAGAGCCUGAUUGAUAAGGCAGACGAGCAUAUCUUCGCUGGCUGCGAUACUUUUAUCCAGAUAAGCCGAGCUGAAUCCUUAAGCACAGGAGCCGAUCUUUUCGGUUCCCGGGUAGAAGUCGCAGCAUAUGGCUCAACUGCGCAAGCACAGCCCUCUCCCAGCCACUCGAUAGCCUCUCAACAGGUUAUUGUUUCAAAAGAACGGGACUUCAACCCCUCACUGGUUCCUUCUGAAUCAGUUGAGCGUACAAUUGACCUAUCGCCCGAGGUCAAAACCCCUUCUUCUCACACAUCGAGUCUAGGUGUCACAUUCCCAACAUUUUCUUCAUUUUCUAGGACACCUACACUAUUCACUGCACAUACAGGUGCACACACCCUGAACGCAACAACCAGAGCGCAAGCUAUGACGGUUGGAAGCCCUGCUACGCCCACAAUGAUUCCAUCAUUGCACGUAGGCCACACAUCAGCAAUCUUCACUGAUGUUGUGUCAACAGUUACAACCCCCGUAACUGGUCACCCCACCUUUGAAGACGUAAACGUUCUACUAAAUCGCUUCCUAGAUUCCACCAUUAAACCAUGGGUGCAAGAUGCAAUGACCGCUGUAGCACAGGAAUUUAGGACCACCCAAGCGGUUCGGUCUGAACAAACACCACCCCAACCUUCACCUGAACCGUUCAUCUCCCAUACACAACCCGUACCCUCAACCCCUCUAUCCCACCAAUCCAUAAAUCAAAUACCCAUUCCUUCACUUUUUCGGGGAACCCAGGAUACAGAACCAGUAUUCUCCCCACACCCGACCAGACCCUCCAUCGAUCUCUCCUCACUAUCCUUCGACACUCUUGCAUCGGCUUUGCUGAACAACUUCCUAAACACCCCUGAAGACAAACUUACCCUUCAUCAGCAAGCCAUACUCGAAGCCCUCCUUUCUUCACCGGAAACCAAGAGCACUUGCAAGGAGAGUCCUCGUGGUCGCAAACGUUCCCAUGAGGACCCUAGCUUCGGCUUUGCUGAACAAUCUCUUAAAUACCCCAGAAGACAACCUCACUCUUCAUCAGCAAGCCAUACUAGAAGCUCUUCUUUCCUCACCUGAAACCAAGAGUACUUGCAAGGAGAAUCUUCGUGGUCGCAAACGUUCCCAUGAGGACCCCGAUGAUUCGGAUCCUCAUGAGGGGGAGAACAAGCGACCUCGAUCACUUGAGCAAACUGCUUUACCAAGCCAAAAUCCACAGCCAAUCCAACCCGAAACCUCUACAAACCAACAACCACCACCCACAGCCAAAAUAUCUAGCAUGGUCGAGCUAGAAGUAACAUCCCGAGGGGAUGGAAGUCCUGAUGAUGCUACCACUGGUACAUCUUUUACAUCAGGCCAUCAGUUGGAACCUAGUUCUAAGCUGAUGUCAACGGGCAAUCCAAGUGAACCCGGUUGUGCUACCCAGGAACAAUCACCGCCUCGAAAGCAGCAAAGAGUUCCAUACAUCUCCCCAGGCAAAGACAUCCACGAUGCACUGGAGGAGGCGGUGAUAUAUGAUAAAUGGCCGAGACAAUGGACAGAAUGGGAUGAUCUCCGUAAUGAGGCUGAACAAGAGGACAUGCAGAGAAAUUGGUGGCUACGAGAGCUAAUCAACAAAUGCUCUGAAGAUAUCAUUAGGCUCGAGGACGAUGAACGCAAGGAAGGGGAGAACUACAAGGAAUCCCAGAAAACUCUUGAAUCCGUCGUAAGACAAUCAGCGGGAAGACUUCCCAAGACAGAGAAACCCUGGGACAACGUUCGAAUCAAAGCCCCUUCCAAGAGGAAAUCAGAGAGCAUAUCCGGCGUAGACCAGACAAAGUCAAACCGCUGAAUGAACUGAAGCUAAGAGGCCUUACUCAUCUAAAAGGAAAGCAGGCUGGAGGCCAUCUGCAUAUGCUAUUACAAAGGUCAACCGGUACUCAGAGAGAACUGACGGAACAAGAUCUGAAGUCAAAUAUUCUCCCGAUUCAUCAAAUUCUACAAGUGAAGGCUGAAGAUUAUCACGGAGUAACAUUCUAUACUUACAGACUUCAACGCACUGACGGGAGUGAAUUUACUUGCCAAGAGAAUGACUUCAUCAUGCUUAAACCCGACGAUAUCUAUCAAAUGUUCAUGGCCUAUAGAUACCUUCCAGUCAGGCAGAGCAUAAUAUACAGCGAAGGUCUUGCACCAAUCAAGAGAUUCAUGCUUAGACAGAUCAGAGUACACUCUUCACAUGACCUACAGAUGGCUAUUGAGUGCAACCUGAAAAAGACAAAUCUGACAAAUCCAAGACUGUAUGGUCCAGAACUCGAAGACUUCCCAGCUUACCACAUCUUCUUCACACCGCCAGCAGUCACUUAUCUGAACCACAAGAACGAAAAAUGUCUGAUGGUAGUCAAUGAAAUUGAGAAAUACUGUGACGGAACGCUGAAGAUAAUCAAAGAACAGCUUCUAAAGAUGAAGGCAGAGCUAGAGGAAAAUCUUCAAGAGGCAUCGUCUUAUGUUCAAAAGGAACACUCUACACUAGAGACAAUUUUAAAGGCCAUUGACGAUCGCCUAGAAAAGAGAAAUAUGCUGAGGCAAUAUGAACAUGCACUAAAUAUGAGGAAGCACUACUUCAAGUCGCAGAAGCAAUAACAGAGUGGCACUUGAUCACAAAGGGGGAGAUUGUUGGAGAUAUUUUAAUUGUGAAUCAAGUUUGUCAUAGAUUAGCUUUAUAUUUAAUCCUUGUAUUUAAUUAGUGCAUGAAUUAGAUAGCACUUGGGCCAAGUGUUAGGCCCAUAUAACAGGCUAAAAGUCUUGUACGCCUAACCUAAACCUCGCCUAUAAAAAGGGAGCCAAGGGUUUAGGAUUAGGUUAACGUCAUACUUAUUCUUCAUAGCCUUACGCGCAUAUCUUUGUGUUGUACGAGUUCACGGUCUAUCAAAGAGGGUUUUACAUUGAUUCAAUCUGUGUUCAUCCUUACGUUUAAUCUUCGUUGUUAGAUCGUUAUUCAUUGCUGUUACAGAAACAGGGACUAUCAUAGGAUCUAUAAGAAAUCCUAUUUAAGGUAAAUAAAUAUGACCUUAUUGCAUUUUGUGUUUUCCAGUUUAACUUAUUUGUUAAUUGACCAAUUGAGCAAGACACUUUCAGAAAAUACUUUACUAGCAUUUUGGUUAGAGUAGAAUACAUCACAUUGAUUUCUUAAGUUAAAUGCUACAAAAGACUAGAGACAAAAAAGCUUUGGCAUCAUCAAAAAUGUUUAUCAAAAUCUAGGGGUCUAACAAUUUCCCCCUUUAAUGAUGAUGUCAAAAGAAGAUAUUAGUCAAACAUUUAACUUAAAAAUAAGAUAAAAAUGUUUGACUUCUUUCUUCCCCCUCUUUUGGUAGCAUUUUUCUUUAGUGGUCCCUAUUCUACUCUUGAUUUCUUCUUCUCCUGCUUGAUGACUCCCCAGAGACAAAGUUUGGGUUACUUCUUCUCAUUCUUUGAUUAUCCUCUUCUCUGAGGUUCUUCAGUUUUUCAUAGAGGACUCGUCGGAUUAAGAACAUGGACAUCGUGGCUUCAAUGCUUGGUACUUGAAUCCAUUGAAGAACGAAUUGUUCUUCAUUUCUCACAAACGCAGCAGCUUGAGAGAGCAUGUCCAUUGGAGCCAUUCUCCAAUUUCUCCAGUUAAGAACUCUCUUGAGUUGGAGAUCAAGAGCUUCUUUUUCCUUCAGAAAUUGGACUCUUGAUUCUAAGAAUGCAAUGUUGUCCAAUUGCUGUUGGGUCAAAUUGGGUCUUUGAGCAGCAGGUGUUUGAGGUUGUGCUAGUGAAAGUUCUAGCGAUGACUCAAGAUGGCUAUAGUUGGAGUUGGUGUUCGCCAUUUGAGGAAAUUAAGGGUUUGAAAGGAGCUCUGAGGAAGAUUGGAUGCAAGGUAUUGGGAUGAAUUAUCAUAUGUUCGAGAAGAGGGAUUUAUAUAUCCAAGUGUUUAGAUUGUCUCUUUGUGUUUCAAGAUUUGUUUAAGUAACCGAGACUUCUUUCAUUAAUGUUUUAGCGGCUAGUCCUCUUUUCAAGAGAGAGCAUGAAAGUAUUCAUUAAAUGAUAUUGAUGAUCAUCAUUAAAGAAGCCACUUUACUUGGAUCAACAUGUGUCGUUCUUGCAUGUUGCAUGUAGCAUAAAUCCUCUUCUGUAUUGAUGAAGUCUGACACUCCCUUUUGCAUGCCUUGUUUGCUCCGAAAUGGAUAAUUCUAGGAUACCGUUUUUGCUUGUUAUGGCUAAUUUUCGACAGUAAUUAUUAAAAUAGGAUGCUAACUAUCUUUGUAAGUAACCUUUAUUUUAUUAGGACGCUGCAGAAGCAGGAUGCUCCUAAUGAAAUUUAGAUUCUACAGACUAGUAGUAUUCCUUUUUCAAUCCAUAUAUGAGUCUACUCCUGAGUUUUAUGAAUCAUCAUAGUAUCUUUAUGAAUCGGUAUUUGAUUUUUGAGCUUCAGCACUUUGAGCUAGUUGUUCCUCUUGUCCUCCAUUGCUAAUGAUCAUGACUCUUGGUUUCUUUGUGGUAACAGGUUCCUCUGAUUCUAUUGCUGAGUUUGUUGAGUCAAGAUCUAGACCUCUCAUCUUUUUCUUUGCUUUUGUCAUCUUCUUUCCUUCUUGAUUGUGAUGGCUUUGUGUAUCCAUUCCCCCUUAGUUGAUGCUUGCUUGUUUGGAGCUUCCCUUUCUGGAUUUUAUUCUUUGAGGGGAUCAAGAUAGUUUGUACCAAAUGCUGGUAUUCCAUGUAUAUGUGUCUAUAAUUGAGCCUCCUGCUGUUUAUGAAACACCUUGUUGUUCUCGUGAGUCAUUCGUCCUGAGAGCCCUCUGCCGCUUGGAUGCAGCCACUUUUCUUGUUUCUCAUUGUUUUUCCUCUUUGAAUAAUGUGUUGUACAUUCCACCUAGUUAGAGGAAAAUGUAGCAGGGGGUUAGUUGGCAGUCACCCUAGUUUUGUAGGUGUCUAGAGAAUGUAGCAGUGGCCUGAUUGGCAGUCACCUGCUGAGUUAACUGCUGGUAGAAGUCAAUCAUCUGUUGAGCCUACUGCUCGGAUUUUGAGUAGGUUUUCUUUGAGCAGGUGAUUUUCCUUGAGUAUUUGUGUAAGAGUUCCCCCUCAGCAGGUGGCUAGGAAUUCCCCCUUUAUUUAAGAGUUGAGUUCCCCCUAACUGGGUGCAGGGUAAUUCCUUUGUCUUGAUCAUCAUUCAAAUCUCUUGUCGUGAUGUUAUUGAAUCUUGUUUUAAUUCAAUAGCUUGGUUGAUGCAGAAACCUUGUGGAGUCAUGUUUCAUUUGUAGUCCCAAGACAUAGUUCAACUCUCCCAUUGGGCUCAUUUCAAAUUUGCUUGAGAGUUGAAAAUUCCUUACAUAAUGAUUGCUUUGAGUUUUCAAAUACAAGCAAUAUGAGAGGACUUUCUUCAACUUUGAAUAGUAUGUUGUCUACUUUGCCUUUAGUGAACCCAUUUUCACUAAGUGUAUAGAGAGAGAGUGUCAUACCAUGCUCUUGGAGUUUGCUUGAGUCCAUAGAGCGUUUUCUUUAAUUUGAACACUUGAUCUUCCUCUCUAUUGAUUUCAAAUCCGGGAGGCUGCUCCCCGUAGACCUCCUCUUCUAGUAGACCAUUUAGGAAGGCAUUCUUUACAUCCAUUUGAUAAACUGUGAAUUGCUUAUGGGCAGCACAUGCUAAGAAUAGCUUCAAGUUUGGCAGCUGGGGCAAGGGUUUUAUCAAAAUCUAUUCCUUCUUCUUCACAGUACCCUUUGGCCAUCAAUCUUUGCUUAAUUCUUAAAUAAGAUGCCUUCCUCUUUCACCCUUUUUGUUCUUAUCACAUGUUGAUGAUAGGGUCUGUAUACAAGCUUCAAAAAUUGCUUCUUUUGAACUGUUUUGCUUGUAUUCAGUCAGAAUUUUGUAGGAUUUCUUCGGUUUUCUUGGGUUCUGUUUGAGAGACGAAGCAUGAGAAAAGUGCUUCUCUCUGGAUUGAUGAUUUUUGAACGAACCCUUUGGUUGAUGUCACCAAUUAUUUUGAGGAGGAGGAUGCUGGUUCAACCAUCCAGUGUCAGAUGAUUGAUUUAAUUGAGUUACCUGUUUAUCCUCUUCUUUUUCUUUAUUGUCUUCUGGUAGAGUAGAGGAUUGGGGUUAUUAAGCCUUGUGCUUAAUUCAGCUUGAGCGUCUGGAGAGUUGAUUCAGAAUGAGUCAACUGCUGGCAGUGUUCUGAAGUUUGAGUCAACUGCUGGCAUUGGUCUCCCAUUUGAGUAAUCUACUAGCAGUGGUCUGCUCUUUGAGCCACCUGCUGGCAGUUGGCUGCCAUUUGAGUUAACUGCUGCUUCCAGAGUCUUGUCAUCUUUUGUUAAUUUUUGCUGGGAAGGCAGCUUGGAGCCUUUCCAGUAUCCUUCCUUAAUUAGGCUGGCUCACCUUUAUUCUUUUCAUGAGCAGAGGAUUGGUUUCCAAAGACCGCAUAAAUUGAUUCUUCAAUAACCAGGGUUCGUUUGUUUAGAAUGCCGAAGUCCUUGCUAGUUGGUGAGUAGUCCAGGAGGAAUCCCUUCAUAAAUAGUUUGUUGAUGGUUUUUGAAAUUGAGAUGACUUAUAUUGUGAUGCCAAUCCCAAUUCAAGUUUAAAUCCGCUUGGGUUAUAAGGCAGAUUCCUUCUUUUGUGAUGCUUCAAUCAAGAAUAUCCAUAUCCUUCUUUCUUCUACCAGUUAGCACAAAUUUGUUGUUUAGGACAUCUCUGACCAAGCAGAUGUCCAUGGAGAAUGUCACAUUGUAAACGUUAUCGCAGAGCUGGCUUGUGCUUGAUAGGAUUGAAUUUCAAUCCCAUAUGAUAUGUUAUGGAUUGUAAGUUCACAUUUGAUUGGGUUUUCCAGCUCCUUUUGAUUCUCCUCUUUCCUCCUCUUUCCCAACUGUUAUUUUUGAGUCCUUCUCCAGAUUUAAAGCUUUGACAGUAGUCUCCAGUUGUCUGUCAUGUGCAUGGAACAGCUUGAAUCUUGUAUCAUUCUUGUAAGUUAGCUGCUCCAGCACCUUCCCGAUUUUAUCAGUUUUGAGUAUUAGCCCAGAAGUUAGUGGGCAUCUUCCUUUGAAUGAGUUUGGGCAUCCAUGCCCUUCUAGGACCAUUUGGAUCUAAGCUGAUGGAUCUAUAGCCAUUCGGAGUAUUGUAAUCAUAAGGAAUGGCUACAUAUUUGUGAACAUUAUUCCUUAUGAAGAUAGAGGAAGGAAUAUGUGUACUAGGAGUGAUCAGCUUUUUCUUUGGAAAUUUGUUGGUCCUUUUGAUUGGUUGCCAAUCAAGUCUAUGACUUGGUUGGUUAUUUUUGAAGUUGGGUUUGUACGGGAGUUUGGAUUUUGAUCUGGGAGAGAGGACUGGUUCCUUUUAUUUGACAGAGUUUGGGAGUGGGUUUUUUGCUGGUUUGUUUUUCUUGUGUCUUGUUGGCUUGUGGUGUGUUCUGUGAUAGGGAAGUAUUUGGGAGAGUCUUUCAAUGGUUGGGAUAAAGGUGUGUAUCCUAAUCCCGUGUUCUUCCAAUUGUGUUGAACUUCCUUAGCAAUACGGAGAGAGUGGGAGCUCAACCUUUCUUUUAAACUGAUGUUUUCAAGAAAAUCUUUCAUUUUUAUCACUUCACCCAUUUGAGCUUAGGCUAUUAUUAGAUUUUCUUGAAGUCUACAGUUUUUGUUCAUUAAAAGAAGGUGAUCUUUUUGAAAGUUUUCAAAUUGAUGGAGUAAUGCUUCCAUAUCAACACUGGAACAGCUGGAAUCAUAUGAGCUGUUUGAAGAACAGGAUAAUACCUCAUCAUUGUCAUUUUAAUUGGAUCUGGCCAUAGGACAGUUGUGGAAGGAGCUAUCAUCUUGGUGCAUUCCAAAGAGGCAAAUCAGGCCCUCUUACUCACUUUCUGAUGAGCUGCUUUUAUCACUUGAACUGCUUUGAUCAUCUUCUGAUUGGAUCAUUGUGAGCUCAUCCCAGACAUCCUUAGUCUUCAAGUCAUCAAAUUUGUUCAAGUUGAUAAUAGAUUCUUUACAAGCCGACUGUCCAUUUCUAGAAAGUGUUUGGGAAGUGAAGUGGAUUUGGAUUUUUAGUUCAAAUUAGUCAGAAAGUGACUCUAGGAACACUUGCUCUGAUACCACUUGAUGGUCCCGGAUAGAGGUAAAAGUCUAGAGGGGGGGGGGGGGGGGGGGUGAAUAGACUUUUAAAGCCUUUUCAACUUUAAAAACUUUUCCCUUCUAGAAGAGUUGAUCUAAAAUCUUUUGGGAGAUUUAUUGAUGCACAACAGAAGUCUUUAGCCCCUUAGAUAAACAGUGUAUAACAACUUUCUAUAAUUGGUGAAGUUUGGUCUUUAUGCAGUGAGCAGUUGGCUUGGCAGUUGCCUGGAUGGCAGGGAACUGCUGAGGCAACUGCUACUAUAAAAUGGGAGUUUGGGGAAGAUGAUUGUGUGGCCUUAUACGGAAUGAUGAGAGCUUUCUGAAGAUGUACUGAGCUAAAGAUAAUAAGGGGUUUUGCGUAAGCAGAGGUCUAGGUAGUUGGGUAGACCCAGGAAACUACUAAGGCACCUACUCCUUAUGAAAGAUGUAUUUCCGAGAACAAGCAAAACAGACCUUUUAGUAGUGAUGUUCCAAGGCUCUUGUGAAACAGUUGUCUAAGGAAAAGUAAGUUAUUAAGGAGUAGGAUAAGCAGUAGAGUCAACUAAGACUACUGCUUAGGAUGAUGCUGGCAAACCACGAUCCCUUUAGUGAGAAGUGUUGGGUGUGUGCUUUGUUUACUGAAAGUAAAUCAACACACAGUAUAUCCUGGUUCAGAGGUGGUGUAAUUCUCCUACAUCCGGUCCCACCCUAUUUUAGAUGGAUUUCACUAAAGUAUUAAGCCCAAUACACUUAGUGCCAAUCUAGCCUUGACAACUCUGGCCUAGAUUGAAGGUGUUUCCCAAGGAGUACAACACCACUCCAAGCUACUCAAUCCUUUAGGUUUUUCUCGAUUGAUCCAGUGGGGAUCAAAAUGUACUCUUAACCUAUCUAACCACACUCAGGCCGGGAACAACUGUCGUCCUGAGUGUUUACAACACCUUCUGAAAUACAAGAAAGUUCUGGUCACCAACUAAAAACUAAGCUCUAAAAAUAUGAAAGUGAUGGUCUAAUCUAAGAGCUUAGUGAAGCAUGAGUCAAAUCAAAGAGUGAAGUUAUGAUCGAGCACUUUCUCUUUUGCUAGAUAUUAUUUGAAGGUUUAUAGGAUUUCUCUGCUUUUGAACUCAAGAACUUAAUUUUCUAACUCAUGCUUCGGACUUUACUUAUAGGCGUCUUCGGUAGAUUAAUCUCAUCCGUUGGUUGAGAUGAUUUAAUCUUGUUCGUUGAAUCUUUGUUUCAGAGGAUAACAACUUGUUGUUUGUCCUCUUCUUUGGAGCCGAUAACUUCUUUGUCUUUGUUUGCCUAGCCACUGUAGUUUUCUCCUUUAUAGAGUUCCAACUUGACUGCACAUCCCAUGCUUUGGAUCCUUUGUACUAUUUCGCAUUAAACGUCCUCCAUGCUGGAUUUCCUCAAUUUUGAUUGGCUUCGGAUGAUCACGAGACAGAAUAACAAUUUUUGUGUAUUAAUAAAAUUUAUACUGGUAGGAUUUGAAUAUCCUAUUAAGGUAUAUAAAUUUACCUUAUUGCAUUUUUAAUUUCCAGUGUAUUUUUAUUAGUCUAAAAAAUUGUUCAUUUAUUUGUCCUCAAUUAUACACAUGUAAAACUCAUAUCAAAGUGCCUUUUGUUUUUGUGACGUUUUAAAAUGUUUGUGAUAAAUUAAAUAUAUACCGGUAGGAUUUAAAUAUCCUUUUAAGGUAAAAUUUACCUUUUUGCAUUUUGACUUUUCCGGUAUUAUUUUCUUGACACAAACAUUUUACUUUUAACUUUUGGUCACUCAAGGUUUUGUAUGGUCAACUAGUAUUUUGAACUUAAUCUAUUUAUUUAACUGGUAGGAUAACAAAUCCUAUUAAGGCAAAAAUCAUUACCUUAUUGCAUUUUGUGUUCCAGUUAAGAAAUAUGUAUUUCGAAAUACUUUGUGUUCAUUUGAUGUGAUAUUAACAAAUAAGUUCGACUGGUAGGAUCUAUAAGAAAUCCUAUUUAAGGUAAAUAAAUAUGACCUUAUUGCAUUUUGUGUUUUCCAGUUUAACUUAUUUGUUAAUUGACCAAUUGAGCAAGACACUUUCAGAAAAUACUUUAAUAGCAUUUUGGUUAGAGCAGAAUGCAUCACUUUGAUUUCUUAAGUUAAAUGCUACAAAAGACUAGGGACAAAAAAGCUUUGGCAGCAUCAAAACUUUUUAUCAAAAUCUAGGGGUCUAACACUAAUCUAAAUAAAUUACAACUAUUUAGGUAAAUAAAGUAUUACACCAAAAGUGUGUAAUUUCCACAACAAUAAAUAAUGAAACUAAUUAAAAGUAGAAACAUACACACUGAAAAUAAAGCUUAAUUAACUCCCUCGUGCUUAGUUUCUUUACUCGUCCUCGAGUAAAAUCAAAAGUCCACAAUCGGUCCAAAUAAAUGGUAAAAGUAAAAGAUUACCAAUGAUAUUUGAGUUUACAAAUUGUAAGAGUAGUACCCAUAUACAAUAAGCUUCAUUUUCUUUGGUUUAAGUGUCUUCUAUGCUUUUCCAUUUGCCUCCAUUUCUUCAUCGAGAUGCUCAAGAUGAAAUUAAAUCAGUUUCUUGCAAAACCAAUUUCUCUGAUAUCUCUCAUUUUGUGUAGGAUCCUUUUCAUAUUUUCAUCCUAGCUUCUUAUUUUUUUCUCUCCCCUAAUCAAUAAUUCUUUUUAGCCUUCCAAUUGCGUAGAUUGUCCUUUUUGGGGUUGAUAAGUCCGUAUUUAGACAUGCAUUUGAUGUGUGUUCAAAUCGGAUUUGAUGGUUUUCCCUAGCUUUAAGGUGUUACAAGUCUCAAUUUUAGCUCAAGUUAUGUUAACGGGCGUUGGUUCGAGUUUUGUGUCAUUUGGAGUCAAACUGAGGAUUUUAGAGUUCAGCACCGGCGCUUGAGAAGAAAUCAAGAUGAGUUGAGAAGCAUUCGAGAGUGAUUUGAGAUCUUUGGAGGUCACCGGGAGGUUCACGAUGAAUAUUUGAAGGAAAAAGAGCUUUAGGGAUGGCUACGGGAUCAAAGGAAGAUGAAUGGAGCUUGAAAUCGGCGAUCAGGAUGACCUUCUAACAAUCGUUCAAGCAUAUCUCUUUGUAAAAACAUUCAAUGUACACGAUUCAAAGUCCAUAUGAAAGCUAACUUCAUUGGCUACAAAUCAUAUGCAGACACCUUUGCUAGAAUCUGAGAGGAAGAAGGUGAAAACACACGAUGAAGUCAGAUGAUCUCUGCUGCGAUUUCAGAAUGAUGACCUCUUGAUUGGACGAAUUGGGGUGGAUAGAGGACUUCAUUAUCUACAACUUGUAUAAAGGAUGCCUUUCCAAAUUCGAACGUUAACUAGGCACGAUCGUGCGCUCAAAGUCAGGCACGAUCGUGCAUGAAGAGAAAGCAUCGCGGAGCUAAUGCCAGGCUUUUCAGCCUUGUUCAUCAAUCUUUAGGGAUUCUUUGUAAGUUCCAUCUUUUUAAUUAAUAAAAAUUAAUUCUAUUCUUCCCAAUUCUGUUGAUUCUUCAAUUAUGAAUUGUGAGUAAUUUUAAUUAGGGGUUUGGGAUUGAUGAAGGGGUUGAUCAUGAUGUAUGGCUAGAUUCUGGAUGGUUUAAUUGCAUGAAUGCCGUUUAAUUUGUGUUUGAAUAAUUUAACUGAUAUCUUUUGUAACCUAGAAUCGCGGCUAGAAUUACAAUUGCUUAUAGAAUAAAUUAAGAGAGAUCUAGUUUAUUCUAGGACACAUUCACACACACUUAAUCGUUCGCUAAGAUAUUAGUAGCGAUUAAGGGGGCGUAAGCUCGAUCGUUUUGGCAAUAAUUUAGGAUCCUGUCGCAUGAGAUAUUAGCCUGGUCCCCUAAAUUAUUGUACUCUACGCCGCGAGAGUGGUAAGAACUUAGUAAUGAUUAGCUAGGCUCAAUUGAAUUAAUUUCAUGUAAUUAGUUCUGAUCUGCUAGAAAUCUGGUUACCCCGGAAUCAAUCCCUGUUCCCUUCGUCAUUAAUUAGAAAGAACCCAAUCAAUUAUUUUUAUUCGCUCAUUCGCAUUAAUUUAUUUUCCAAACCACCCAAAAUCUCGCACAAUUUCAUUUUAUUUUAUUUAUUUCUUUUUAAUCGCUGAAUUUAGUUAAUCUUUGAUUCCCUUUUGUCCGUCCCUGUGGAGACGAUACUCGUACUUACACCACUAUAUUCACCGCAAUUUAACCUCCCUAUCAACUUUUUCAAAUUACCCCUACUACUCCUGGAACUAAUUUCCAAAAUCAAGUUUAUGGGAUGCAAGGAGUAGGGCAGAGUAUUCCCGUUUUCCAACCAAGACAGAACCCACUUCCAAUCAAUCAACCUACAUUCCAAAAUCAGCCCCAAUACCAUAAUCCGUACCCCAAUCAGUAUCACAACCAAACCCAAGUCCCCCCAGCCCAGACAGCAGGCUCCUCCAGAAAAUGCUUAUUUACCGCACAAUAAUCCACUCUAUCAGUGCCAAACCAUUGCAGAGUUCCUUACGCCAGACGUUUCCGGGUAUGAUAGCAUUCAAGUACCGGGAAUUACUGCCAACCAUUACGAGAUAAGGCCGGCGGUGAUAAGCAUGGUGUCUAAUAACCAUUUUGGAGGAGGCCCUACAGAAGACCGAGUGGCGCAUAUUACCUACUUUCUGAGGAUGUGCCAGACUUUCAAGAUACUUGGGUUAACUGAUGAUCAAGUAAGAAUGAUGGCUUUUCCCUUUCUCAUUGAGGGAAGAUGCGCAGAGGUGGUUGGACAACAAUCCUCACCACCACCUCCAGACUUGGGACCAGCUGCAUAGUGCCUUUAUUAAAGAGUACUUCCCUACGUCAAAGGCCCUGAAGUUGAAGAAGCAACUACAAGAGUUUAAGUAGGGAUCUCUAGAAACACUGGCUGAAGGAUGGAAGAGAUUCAAGGUGCUAAGAAGAGAUUGUCCUCAGGGAAAUUUGACUAAUUGUGAGGUUCUUUUCUACUUAACGGACUCAACAAUGAAGGGAAGAUGAUGUUGGAUGCUUCGGGUGGCGGAGCCUUUCCUGAUUUACCAUCUGAGGUUGGGGAAGAACUAGUGGAGAAUAUUGUUUCAAAUAAUGCAUCUUGAUACAGCGACAAGAGUUCUCCUUAGCAAAACGCUCCGAGCCUAUACGAGAUCAGUGAUGAUUCUGCUCUCUCUGCAUGAGUAGAUACAUUGGCAAGCAUGGUGAAGAAGCUCAUAGCCAGCGUGGAUGCUAUAGGGAAAAGGUGGAUCUUGCUCUCUCGGUGCCCAGUGUUAAUAUGGUAGCCCCCGGUCCUAUUAGUCCUUCUUGCACUACAUGUGGGGGACUCCAUUGGCCGCAUGAGUGCACUAUGAUGGCACACCCGGCAGCCCCUGGAGUAGAGCAAGUUAAUGUGAUUUAUUCUCAGCGGCAGGGCUACUACAAUCAGCCUUACGGGCAGCAGCAGCAAAGGAAUUACGGGCAAGGAAAACAGCAGCAGCAGCAGUCUAGGAACUAAAAUCAGCCCCAAGCACCUCAAGGUGAACAACAAGCACCUCAUCCGGUGCAAGGGAGUGUCAGGAGGGAGACUGAGCAAAAAUGUUCUAGCUUGGAAGAAACGCUCAAAGAAUUAGCGCAAAAUCAACUGAGGGCGGACUCAAGGAUGCAAAACAUUGAAAAUCAAUUGGGGCACCUUGCAAAAGCCAUAUAUGAGAGGCCUCAGGGAUCCCUCCCUAGCAACACCGAAAAUAAUCCAAGAGAGCAAGUUCACGCAAUCACAUUGAGGAGUGGACGAGAUCUGGAGCCUGCUGCCAUAAAGACGAAAGUUGAAGACGUUGAACCUGCUGCAGUUGUACUGUUCUUGAGGAAAAAAGGAAGAAGACAAGAAGGAGGAGGGGGACACGGUUCCAAAGCAACCCGUUCCUGUCAAAGCUUACAAUCCCCCCUCCCAUACCCGUAACGCUUAAAAGGGAAAAGUGACACUAAGAACUUCAACAAGUUUUUGAACCUCUUCAAACAGGUUCAAGUAAACGUACCAUUCAUGGAGACGCUGCAACAAAUGCCAAAGUACACCAAGUUUAUGAAAUAAUUCCUCUCUAACAAAAGAAAGUGGGGAGAACCGAAAUCAGUGGUGCUGAAUGAAGAGUGCUCGGUAGUGGUGCUAAAGAAGAUGCCUAAAAAGCUCAAGGACCCAGGUAAGUUCACUAUCCCUUGCUCCAUAGGAAGUGAGAUUUUUUAUAAUGCUUUAGCUGAUUUGGGUGCAAGCAUCAAUUUGAUGCCCUAUACCUUGUAUGAGAAGCUUGCACUCGGUCAGCUUAAACCAACACGUAUGUGCAUACAGUUGGCUGACCGAUCGGUCAAAUAUCCCCAGUGGAUUGCUGAAGACAUGUUGGUUAAAGUGGACAAGUUUGUUGUUGGUCCCGGUUGUACUGGAUACAGUCUAGAGGGGGGGGGGUGAAUAGACUGUAUUGGUUUUUAACUUUUUCAAGCUAAGUACCAGAUUUAACAGAAUAGCCUGUUCUGUUGACAGAACAGACUGGCAGCGGAUGAGGUUCUGGUAGGGAGUUCUGUUAAUAGCCUCAGAGAAGCAAAGGCAGUAGGCCUUCUGUUAACUCACAAGACCAGUUCUGCUGAACACAGAUACCAAGUCUUUGGAGUCAAACAGUUCAAAUAAAAACUAAGAAUGAAAAGCAGUAAGUAGAUGACACCAGGGCUUUUUAUAGUGGUUCAAGGAACAACUUGUUCCUCUAGUCCACUGUUCCACUAAGCUGUAAAAACUUUCGUUUACAAUGCCUUAGCCCUAUCACUUAAGAAGCUCUCCACGUCUUCUUCAAGUGUAGAUGUCUUCUUGGAUGCACUUCCGGCUUCCCUAAGACUGGUCCUUUCACUGAGCUUUCCCAGAAGUAUCACCACUUCACAACUCUAGGUACUUGGACGUCCUUCUUGUGAAAGAAGAGGUUCUAUUUAGAACAGGGGUUCCUCCAACUUGCUUCGUUACAAAGAGUUUGUAUGUGAUGAGCUUGAAGAGUUGAAGAACACUUGGAACUUUGCUUGAGUUAGAAAUAAGGAUCUUUCCAACUUCUGCCUUCUCUUGUAGAGGAUGAUGAAGUGUUAAUCUCGAGGAGGCUUUUUGCUUUUAAGCGUUUGAAUUUCUUGUAUGCAGGGUUGUAGCAAAGGUUAGCAAAAUUGCAAAGUUAUCCGGUUGUUCUUCGCAGUGUAUCUUUUAUACUGAGGUUGUCUUCCCGUUGGAGGAGAAGGAGGACAACUGCAUUAAAUGAGCGAGCAGUUGACUUGACCAGUAGGACCCGGUAAAGUUGGCGGGUUACUAUUUUGGGAUAAAGUAAUCCUGACAUUGCGGCCAAUCAUCUGCAAUUACUCUACGGAGCAUGGGGAGCAUUAAAUGUGCAUUUAAUGCGCGCACUGUAGCGUUUCCGUUCAAGUCUCCUAGCCGUUGAAGGAAUCUUCCAGUUUAUUUCCCGGCUUUGUGGAAUUCUUCUAGGUGUCAGGCCUUCUGGUGUCUUUAACAGAGAGUUGAUCAGAGAAGGUCUGGAGCACUUCUGUUGAGAGUAUAUCCAACAGAGAACCAGGAGGGUUUCUGUCAGAGUAAAGGCUAACAGAGACUCUGAGGUCUUCUGUUCUGAAGCAGAGAACCAAAGGUCUUCUGUUCAACAAUGCCUUAAAAAGGGUCUUCUGCCCUUGGAGCCCUUCUUCUUUAGGAGGUCUUCUGGUUUGGAGGCUUUCUGCUAAGUCGAUUAAACUAAGAACUUUACAAAUGAAAAUUCUAAUACAUUAAGUCUAAAGAGGGGUACUCUAAAGUCCUAAUUAAUCUAGCAUCAUCAAAAUCUAAUUACAAAUAUUCCUUACAUUUGUUAUUCUCGUUGAUUUCGUUGUUUUGGAUAUGCCCCAAGAUCUUGAUGUGCCCUGAAUUCUUGGAAGGCCUUUUCUGGCCACUGCUCGGGCCCUCAUAGAUGUUGGGGAAGGGAAAUUGAUUUUGAGAGUUGGGGAGGAGAGAGUUACUUUUUGCAUGGCCAAACUGGCCAAACAGUCCUGUCAAGAUGUUAAUGAGUGUUUUUUGUUGGAUGUCAUUGAUCCCACCGGAGAGGAGGGGGGGGGGGGGAACCCCACCUCUAAAAGAGAAUGAUUUUGAGUCGUUCAUUGAUAAAGGGCCUGAUAAAGGCUUAGACUCAUUCUUGUGCUUUAGGAGUGGCCCUGAGAUGCGCUAUUAUUUUCAUGAAUUUAAGGUCUUACGCCAUCUAAGGGCAUUUGUUGAUAGGAGGUUUGAUUUGUGGAAGACUAGUUUUCUGAGCGGGAGUGUCUUUGACUGAGUUUUAGAUGAGGUGGCUGCGUCGGGCAAACGACGUUAAAAAUAGUGCUUCUUGGGAGGCAACCCAAGCUUAUUUCUGCACUUUUGUUUUUGCAUGUUUCUUUGUUUUUGUGUUUUUUUGUGAUUGUUUUGAAGCUCAGAGUCUUGCUUUGGGGAUGAUGUGCCGAGGAUCAUUUAACUUAGUUCUAUUUCUGCACCGACCAACGCUACGAUGGAAGUUCCUUGACUCUUAUUCACCUGUUUAAAAUGCUGACUUGAGUUGAUUUGAGCAUGUGUGACCCUUUCCUCUUUACCUCUUGUGCAUAGUGCAUUUUUGGUCAUCAGAGGUGAUGCCAAAGUUUAAGUGUGGGGGAGUGAAUUGGGCAUUCGGGCAGUAGUUGUAACAUGGGAUUACUAGAGUUACCAUGCACAGGUGUUAGUUGUAUAUUCAUAGAAAAGUCAUGUCACUUUUUUUUUGAAAUUGUUUCCUUAAAGUGUGUCUUUGUGAGAUGCCUAACGUGUUGACUAUGCUUUUAGAACAUCUUUGAAGUGUUUAGGCUUAAAUUGCUUGCACUAUAACCUAGUUUUUGAGAGGAUGGAGGCAUUAGUCAGCUAUUGAAUCGUUCCAUAAAUCAUCCACCUGACCUGAAAAAGUCCUUUAGGAGAAGCCAUUUUGAACCUGAUCGUUUAUUGUUUACCCAAUUAAUUAAAGUUCCAUAGCCAAAUGGUCUGCUUCCUUACCCGUGAAUAUUUCUGACUUGGUCUUGAUGUUUAGGGAACUAAGGAAUUAAUUUGUUAAGUUUAGAGAAUUUGUGUAGGAGCCAAUUUUGGCACUGUUCCUAUGCUCCAAAUGGGCUAAGAGCAGUCACUUUUUAGGAAUUUGAUAUUUUCGAGGAUUGCAUUGUAGGCAUGAAUUCACUUUUAAAUGAAUGAACUUUAAUUGCUAUUUUUCGUUGGUGAGGCCGAGAUUAUAAUAGGGUAAUGUCUAGUGAGAAUCCAAAAGGUGAAAAAUUAAUAUAGCUAGAUCUCUUACCUUGCGAAAAAGAGAAUGGGAGCCCCGGUCAAAAAGCGUAAGUGUUUUGCACAAUAAGAUGAGACCUUGGGUAUCUUUCGAAAAAAAUAGUGUUCUCGUGCCAACAUGACAAGGAAAACUGAACUUAUUUAAUGAAUUUGGAGGCUUUGGCAAAAUUAGCUUUAGUCCUCCGCGUACUUCAAGUAUACGUCAAAGCACCAAUGUGCCGCGGCGGUUUAGCUUAGUUGUACACCAUGUCUACUCUUUGCAUAGGUUUAGAUGAUUCUUCCUAAAUUGUGGCCUAUUGAGUUCCUUGAUCCUAAGAAUAGCCCUGAAGUUCCUGAAUGCAUUAAGUCUUUGUCAGGUUGUUCCAAAACUCUCAAAGGAAAGGGACUAUUUAUUACUAUUCACCAUUCACCAUCACCUUCACAAGUCCUUCUGAUCAACAUCUAGUUUUUUUGUGUAUGCUGUCAUUACUUUAAGGAUGUUGUGAAAAUUUUUGUCAAAUAGUUUAGCUUGAGUACAAAGAUGUAGUUUAGGGAAUAACUUUCUUAAUUUAGUCUUUCUAUUCCGUGAAUAUCCCUUUGACUACGUGUGCAUGCUAAUUGUUUUAAAUUCCGUGUGGUGAUUAUCGUAAGUCACGUUGUUCAGUUUGCUUGAGGACAAGCAAAAGAUUAAGUGUGGGGGAAUAUGAUAAGUUAAUAUUUAGACAUGCAUUUGAUGCGUGUUCAAAUCGGAUUUGAUGGUUUUCCCUAGAUUUAAGGUGUUACAUGUCUCAAUUUUAGCUCAAAUGAUAUGUCUACCGGGCGUUGUUUCGAGUUUUAUGUUAUUUGGAGUCAAACUGGGGAUUUUAGAGUUCGACACCGGCGCUUGACAAGAAAUCAGGAUGAGUUGAGAAGAAUUAGAGAGUGAUUUAAUAGCUUUGGAGGUCACCGUGAGGUUCACGAUGAAGAUUUGAAGGAAAAAGAGCUAUAGUUUUGGCUACGGGAUCAAAAGAAGAUGAAUGGAGCUUGAAAUUAGCGAUCAGGAUGACCUUCGGUCAAUCGUUCAAGCAUAGCUCUUUGUAGAAGCAUUCAAUAUACACGAUUCAAAGUCCAUAUGAAAGAUAAAUUCAAGGGCUACAAAUCCUAUGAAGACACCUUUUCUAGAAUCGGAGAUAAAGAAGGUGAAAGCAGACGAUGAAGUCAGGUGAUCUCUACUGCGAUUUCAGAAUGAUACCUUCCACCGUUUGGAUCAUAUCUCUGGAUUGGAUGAUUCAAAUCAUAUUCAGAAAAUUGGUGUGGAUAGAGGACUUCAUUAUCUAUAACUGGCAUGAAGGAAGCAUUGCCAAAUUCGGGAGUUAACUGGGCAUGAUAGUGCCCUAAAAGUCAGGCACGAUCGGGCGUGAAGAGAAAGCAUCGCGGAGCUACUGCCAGGCAGGCACAAUCGUGCCUUGAGCGAGGCACGAUCGUGCCUGUCCAAAAUGCGCGUUUUGAUCCGGAGGCACGAUCGAAGGCACGAUCGAAGGCAAGAUCGUACCUGGCAUUGUGCUUUCCUCCGGAAAUCCCAAUUCAGCUCAAAUUUUACCCGAUUUUCCUAUUUAAACAGCCUGUAAUCUCCUGUUUCAAGGGGGAGCUUAGAGAGAGUGCCUAGUACGAAUUUUAGAGGGCUUUUCAGCCUUGUUCAUCAAUCUUUUGGGAUUCUUUGUAAGUUUCAUCUUUUUAAUUAAUGACAAUUAAUUCUAUUCUUCCCAAUUUUAGAGGGCUUUUCAGCCUUGUUCAUCAAUUAUGAAUUGUGAGUAAUUUUAAUUAAGGAUUUGAGAUUGAUGAAGGGGUUGAUCAUGAUGUAUGGCUAGAUUCUGGAUGGUUUAAUUGCAUAUAUGCCGUUUAAUUUGUGUUUGAAUAAUUUAACUGAUAUCUUUUGUAAUCUGGAACCGUGGCUAGAAUUACAAUUGCUUAUAGAAUAAACUAAGAGAGAUCUAGUUUAUUCUAGGACACAUUCACACACACUUAAUCGUUCGCUAAGAGAUUAGUAGCGAUUAAGGGGCCGUAAGCUCGCUCGUUUUGGCAAUAAUUUAGUAUCAUGUCGCAUGAGAUAUCAGCCUGGUCCCCUAAAUUAUUGUACUCUACGCCGCGAGAGCGGUAAGAACUUAGUAAUGAUUAGCUAGGCUCAAUUGAAUUAAUUUCAUGUAAUUAGGCCUGAUCUGCCAGAAAUCUGGUUACCCCGGAAUCAAUCCAUGUUCCCUUCGUCAUUAACUAGAAAGAACCCAAUCAAUUAUUUUUAUUCGCUCAUUCGCAUUAAUUUAUUUUCCAAACCACCCAAUCUCGCACAAUUGCAUUUUAUUUUAUUUCUUUUUAAUCGCUGAAUUUAGUUAAUCUAUGAUUCCCUUUUGUCUGUCCCUGUGGAGACAAUACUCGUACUUACACCACUAUAUUACAAUCUAUUUUAAGUGCGAGAAAAUUCACAUCAAUUUUUGGCGCUGUUGUCGUGGACGGUGACGGUCUUAAGGGUUAAUUUAACUCAGCGAUCCAUUUUUAGUUUUUCGUAGGAUUUUUAUCUGCUAACCUUGCAGGUCAAAUCUGUUUAUGCAUACUCGUUCUAAGAGGGGAGAACCGCUAAUCCCUCUUAAUCUUGAGAUUGAAAAGCUCGUCAAACAGAACCUUAAGGCCCAAAAAGAGAAAAUCACCAUGGACCAUCAAUCUUCAUCUGGAACUGCAGGGAUAUCUGGUAACUCGAACCCCACAUCUCAACAAGAUUUCUACGUGAACACGUCACCCCAAUCUUCACCACCAAUUUCACCUAGAAACCCUCUUGGUUUUCAAAACUAUCGUACUCUGAUCUUUUCCCAAAAUCAGCAUUCACCGCAAUUUAACCUCCCUAUCAACUUUUUCAAAAUACCCCUACUACUCCUGGAACUAAUUUCCAAAAUCAAGUUUAUGGGAUGCAAGAAGCAGGGCAGAGUAUUCCCGUUUUCCAACCGAGACAGAACACACUUCCAAUCAAUCAACCUACAUUCCAAAAUCAGCCCCAGUACCAUAAUCUGUACACCAAUCAAUAUCACAACCAAACCCAAGUUCCACCUGCUCAGCCACAACCAGCCCCCCAGCCUAGACAGCAGGCUCCUCCACAAAAUGCUUAUUUACCGCACAAUAAUCCACUCUAUCAGCGCCAAACCAUUGCAGAGUUCCUUACACCAGACGUUUCGGAGUAUGAUAGCAUUCAAGUGCCGGGAAUUACUGCCAACCAUUACGAGAUCAAGCGGCGGUGAUAAGCAUGGUGUCUAAUAACCAAUUUGGAGGAGGCCCUACAGAAGACCCAGUGGCGCAUAUUACCCGCUUUCUUAGGAUGUGCCAGACUUUCAAGAUACCUGGGUUAACUGAUGAUCAGGUAAGAAUAAUGCUUUUCCCUUUCUCAUUGAGGGAAGAUGCGCAUAGGUGGUUGGACAACAAUCCUCACCACCACCUCCAGACUUGGGAGCAGCUGCAUAGUGCGUUUAUUAAAGUGUACUUCCCUACGUCAAAGGCCCUGAAGUUGAAGAAGCAAGUACAAGAGUUCAAGCAGGGAUCUUUAGAAACACUGGCUGAAUCAUGGAAGAGAUUCAAGGUGCUGAGAAGUGCUUGCCCUCAGGGAAAUUUGACUAAUUGUGAGGUUCUUUUCUACUUCUAUAGCGGACUCAACAAUGAAGGGAAGAUGAUGCUGGAUGCUUCGGGUGGCGGAGUCUUUCCUAAUUUACCAUCUGAGGUUGGGGAAGAACUAGUGGAGAAGAUUGUUUCAAAUAAUGCAUCUUGGUACAGUGACAAGAGUUCUCCUCAGCAAAAGGCUCCAGGUCUAUACGAGAUCAGUGAUAAUUAUGCUCUCUCUGGACGAGUAGAUACAUUGGCAAGCAUGGUACAGAAGCUCAUAGCCAGCGUGGAUGCUAUAGGGAAAAAGGUGGAUCUUGCUCUCUCAGUGCCCAGUGUUAAUAUGGUAGCCCCCGGUCCUAUUAGUCCUUCUUGCACUACAUGUGGGGGACUCCAUUGGCCGCAUGAGUGCACUAUGAUGGCACACUCGACAGCCCCUGGAGUAGAGCAAGUUAAUGCGAUUUAUUCUUAGCGCCAGGGCUACUACAAUCAGCCAUACGGACAGCAGCAGUAAGGGAAUUACAGGCAAGGAAAACAGCAGCAGCAGCAGUCUAGGAACUAUAAUCAGCCCCAAGCACCUCAAGGUCAGCAACAAGCACCUCAGCUAGUGCAAGGGAGUUUCAGGAGGGAGACUGAGCAAAAAUUUUCUAGCUUGGAAGAAACGCUCAAAGAAUUAGCGCAAAAUCAACUGAGGGCGGACUCAAGGAUGCAAAACAUUGAAAAUCAAUUGGGACAGCUUGCAAAAGCCAUAUAUGAAAGGCCUCAGGGAUCCCUCCCUAGCAACACCGAAAAUAAUCCAAGAGAGCAAGUUCACGCAAUCACAUUGAGGAGUGGACGGGAUCUGGAGCCUGCUGCCAUAAAGAUGAAAGUUGAAGACGUUGAACCUGCUGUAGUUGUUAUUGAGGAAAAAAGGAAGAAGAAAAGAAGGAGGAGGGGGACACGGUUCCAAAGCAACCCGUUCCAGUCAAAGCUUACAAUCCCCCCUCCCAUACCCGUAACGCUUAAAAGCGAAAAGUGACACUCAGAACUUCAACAAGUUUUUGAACCUCUUCAAACAGGUCCAAGUAAACGUACCAUUCAUGGAGGCGCUGCAACAAAUGUCAAAGUACGCCAAGUUUAUUAAAGAACUCCUCUCUAACAAAACAAAGUGGGGAGAACCGAAAUCAAUGGUGCUGAAUGAAGAGUGGUCGGCAGUGGUGCUAAAGGAGAUGCCUAAAAAGCUCAAGGACACAUGUAAGUUCACAAUCCCUUGCUCCAUAGGAAGUGAGAUUUUUUAUAAUACUUUAGCUGAUUUGGUUGCAAGCAUCAAUUUGAUGCCCUAUACCUUGUAUCAGAAGCUUGCACUAAGUCCGCUUAAACCAACACGUAUGUGCAUACAGUUGGUUGACCGAUCGGUCAAAUAACCCCAGGGUAUUUCUGAAGAUGUGUUGGUUAAAGUGGACAAGUUUGUUAUUCCCGUUGAUUUCGUUGUUUUGGAUAUGCCCCAAGAUCUUGAUGUGCAUUUAAUUCUUGGAAGUUCCUUGACUCUUAUUCGCCUGUUUAAAAUGUUGACUUGAGUUGAUUUGAGCACGUGUGACCCUUUUCUCUUUACCCCUUGUGCAUAGUGCAUUUUUUGUCAUUGAGGGCGAUGCCAAAGUUUAAGUGUGGGGGAGUGAAUUGGGCAUUCGGGCAGUAGUUGUCACAUGAGAUUACUAGAGUUAGCAUGCGCAGGUGUUAGUUGUAUAAUCAUAGAAAAGUCAUGUCAAUUUUUUUUGAAAUUUUUUCCUUGUGUCUUUGUGAGCUGGCUAGCGUGUUGACUAUGGUUUUAGAACAUCUUUGAAGUGUUUAGGCUUAAAGUGUUUGCACUAUAACCUAGUUUUUGAGAGGAUGAAGGCAUUAGUCACCCAUUGAAUCAUUCCACAAAUCAUCCACCUGACCUGAAAAAGUCCUUUAGGAGAAGCCAUUUUGAGCCUGAUCGUUUAUUGUUUACCCAAUUAAUUAAAGCUCUAUAGCCAAAUGGGCUGCUUCCUUACCCGUGAAUAUUUCUGACUUAGUCUUGAUGUUUAGGGAACUAAGGAAUUGAUUUGUUAAGUUUAGGGAAUUUGUGUAGGAGCCAAUUUUGGCACUGUUCCUAUGCUCCAAAUGGGCUAAAAGCGAUCACUUUUUAGGAAUUUGAUAUUUUCGAGGAUUGCAUUGUAGGCAUGGAUUCAUUUUUAAAUGAAUGAACUUUAAUUGCUAUUUUUCCUUGGUGAGGCAGAGAUUAGAAUGAGGUAAUGUCUAGUGAGAAUCCGAAAGGUGAAAAAUUAAUAUAGCUAGAUCUCUUAUCUUGUGAAAAAGAGAAUGGGAGCCCCGGUCAAAAAGCGUAAUUGUUUUGCACAAUAAUAUGAGACCUUGGGUGUCUUUUGAAAGAAAUGGUGCUCUCGUGCCAACAUGACAAGGAAAACCGAACUUAUUUAAUGAAUUUGGAGGUUUUAGAAAAAUUAACUUUAGUCUUCGCGUACUUCAAGUAUAAGUCAAAACACUAAUGUGCCGUGACGGUUUAGCUCAGUUGUACACCGUGUCUACUCUUUUCAUAGGUUUAGAUAUUCUUCCUAUUUGGAUUUGGUGUUCUAAUGAUGAACGAUUGCCCAUUAACUCGGGUUUGAGAUGUUCGUCGCGCGAUGGUUCUGUUCACAUACGAACUUAGUUUCUUUCGUUAAUCCAGCUACUGCAGUAGGUUGGAGUCUUUUCCCUUGUGUUCUUGGUUGAUUCUAUGUUGUUCUAGCUAUUUCGCUGCUGUGUUUUGGCCAACUCGUUCGUGUGUGAGUUUAUCCCAAAUCGUUUUGCUGCGAUUUUGGGGGAAAUUCGUACUGUGGAAUUUAUGACAGGCAAAAAGCAGAGUAAGGGCGUGUCAACGCCGGCUGUGAAUACCAGGUCUCGUGCUGCUGUGGGCUUCAACGUUUUGGAUGGGUUGGACACUAAUUUGCCAGCACUACAUGCUGGGAAGCCAGGGAAGAAGACUUUUGUAACGUUGGCAGGUUCUGGUGAAGACAGUAGCUCUGUAUCUGCGGAUGUUUUGUUGGUAGGCUCCAAACUUGGAGACCAAAAUAAAGCUCCUGUGACAGCAGCUGCUAUUACUGGGAACACAUCACCUGCUAUUGGUUCUGGGACUAAAUCACCGGCCAUUAAUUCUGAGGUUUUAACUGCUGCGAAGAUACCACCUGCUACCAACGCAGAUAGGGCCAAAACUCUGACAGGUAACUUGGAUAAGGCGCAGGCAGCUCAGGCAAUGCUAAGUCCUGUUAUUUCUACUGCCACGGCUGAGCAGUUUGCCCCAGGUGUUACGGCUGCAGCUGCUCCUUUGAUGCCAAGUAAGCCAAAACCUGCUGUGACAACGUUGACAGGUGCCCAAAAAUCUGGGAAUGUUGGGCUGAUUGUGCCUUCACUGGAUGCGCAAGAUGAAAUUACUGCUGGAGCUGCGGAGGCAGUAAUUGAUACUUAACAAACUGCUGCAAGAACAAAAGACGCGAAGCAGACACCCUGAAGCUCCUUGUUUAAAGACAACCGUGAUCCAAAAAAUGGGAUUAAGUUGAAAUAUGUUCCACCGAAAGGUGAAACACUUGACUUUGGGGACCGAGUACUACCCUCGAUGGUUGAAAUGUGGGGAUACUGUCUAGUGGGACACUUCACGGGAAAUUUCCCCGGACUCAAUGCGGUCCAUGAAUUGAGAGCUAAGUGGGGAGUCAAAUGCCUUGUAAGGUCUCAUAACAAAGGGUGGAUAAUUUUUAAAUUUAAAAAUGAAGAGGAUAUAUCGAAGAUACUACAUGAGGGACCUUACACCGUGUUUGGAAAACUCCUAAUGCUUAAAGAACUUUCGGAGGACUUCACUUUUGAGGAUGAAGAAUUUCUAAAAAUACCAAUUUGGAUUAAUUUCCCUAAACUACCUAUGAGUUUAUGGAACGAUAAGGCUAUGAGUGAGGUGCCAUCUAUGGUCGGGGUCCCAAUAACCACGGACAAGAUCACUCAGGAGAGGACAAACAAUGAUUAUGCUAGAGUUUUAAUAGAGGUUGAUGUUUCAAAGCCACCACCACUUCAUUUUCCUAUACGACUACCUUCCCUAAAGGUAAUCAAACAAAGUGUGCUUUAUGAAACGUUUCCUAACUAUUGUUUUCAUUGCAAAGAAUUUGUGCACCACCCAUUUAUCUGUAAGAAGUUUGCCAAACGGGGUGAUGGAGAAAGAGAAAAGGAAAAAAGCAUUGAGAAAAAUGAGAAAACUGAGAAGGUGGCCGCUGCGCCACAAACUGCUGUUGCCCAGGGGUCUAACCCGACCAGGUUAGCCCCUGACCGGACCGGGUCUCUUGCCCAGACAGCUGCUGCCACUGCCCAGGAGAUUCAGACUGCCCUGGCACCUAAACUUGCUGUACAGCCGGUUCCAAAAGCUGCUGCAGCAGUGCAAACUGAACCGCCAGUGGUUAAAGAAAGAGUAAAACUUGGCCAGCUUCUGCCUCAGUGGCUAAAGGAUAUGCAAACGGAACAUGAAUCUUCCGAAGAUGAAGACGCCGAGUUCUUUCUGGAAGAUAAUGAGAGAGUAGUAAUGGAUGAGACCGACUUGCAUCAAGACGAUGUGGUAAUCAAAUGUGAGGUGCUGAAAGGAAAGAAGCUCAGGUUAUUUGUUAAACCAUUUAAAUUUGUGCAAGCUAGUGUGAUUAGAGUGGAUUCUUCUCUUCGACUUACGGAUGAGAGAUUACCAGGAGUUACUAAGAAAAAAGGGGAGGUUUGCUUUGACCCAAAGUUUACUACUCCUUUCCGACUUUUCUUUGGGUGUUAAUUUAGGGAUUAUUUUGUUUGAGCUAGGUUUUGUGGGUUUGUUUGGUUCCUAAUGUGGUUUGGGCUCAAAAUUUGUGUGAGUGUGAGUCUUGAUUUUGUGGUAUCCCGUGAUGUGGGAUAUGCACCUUGAUUGUACACGUGAUGCAUUGUACUAUGCUAUUUUUCUGGAUAUAUAUACUUACAUUUUAUCCAAAAAAAAGAUGAUUCUUCCUAAAUUGUGGCCCAUUGAGUUCUUUGAUCCUAAGAAUAGCCCUGAAGUUCCUGAAUGCAUUAAGUCUUUGUCAGGUUGUUCCAAAACUCUCAAAGGAAUGGGACUAUUUAUUACCAUUCACCAUUCACCAUCACCUUCACAAGUCCUUCUGAUCAACAUCUAGUUUAUUUGUGUAUGCUGUCAUUACUUUAAGGAUGUUGUGAAUAAUUUUGUCAAAUAGUUUAGCUUGAGUACAAAGAUGUAGUUUAGGGAAGAAUUUUCUUAAUUUAGUCUUUCUAUUCCGUGAAUAUCCCUUUGACUAUGUGUGCAUGCUAAUUGUUUUAAAUUUCGUGUGGUGAUUAUCGUAAGUCCCGUUGUUCAGUUUGCUUGAGGACAAGCAAAAGCUUAACUGUUGGGGAAUCUGAUAAGUCCACAUUUAGACAUGCAUUUGAUGCGUGUUUGAAUCGGGUUUGAUGGUUUUCCCUAGCUUUAAGGUGUUACAAGUCUCAAUUUUAGCUCAAGUUAUGUCUACCGUGCGUUGGUUCGAGUUUUGUGUCAUUUGGAGUCAAACUGAGGAUUUUAGAGUUUGGAACCAGCGCUUGAGAAGAAAUCAGGAUGAGUUAAGAAGAAUUCAAGAGUGAUUUGACAGGUUUGGAGGUCACCGGGAGGUUCACGAUGAAGAUUUGAAGGAAAAAGAGCUCCAGGAUUGGCUACAGGAUCAAAAGAAGAUGAAUGGAGCUUGAAAUCGGCAAUCAGGAUGACCUUCUGUCAAUCGUUCAAGCAUAUCUCUUUGUAGAAACAUCAAUCUACACGACUAAAAGUCCAUAUGAAAGCUGAGAGAAAGAAGGUGAAAACGGACGAUGAAGUCAGAUGAUCUCUGCUGCAAUUUCAGAAUGAUACCUUCCACCGUUUUGAUCAUAUCUCUUGAUUGGAUGAUUUAAAUCACAUUUAGCAAAUUGGGGUGGAUAGAGGACUUCAUUAUCUACAACUUUCAUGAAGGAAGGAUUUCCAAAAUUGGAAGAUAAGUAGGCAUGAUCGUGCCCUCAAAGUCAGGCACGAUCGUGCGUGAAGAGAAAGCAUCACGGAGCUACUGCCAGGCACGCACGAUCGUGCCUGGAGGGAGGCACGAUCGUGCCUGCCCACAAUGCACGUUUUUGAUCCGGAGGCACGAUCGUGCCUGCCUCAGGAAAUCCCAAUUCAGCUCAAAUUUUACCGGGUUUUUCCUAUUUAAACAGCCUGUAAACCCCUGUUUCAAGGGGGAGCUUAGAGAGAGUGCCUAAUACGAAAUUUAGAGGGCUUUUCAGCCUUUUUCAUCAAUCUUUUGGGAUUCUUUGUAAGUUCCAUCUUUUUAAUUAAUGAAAAUUAAUUCUAUUCUUCCCAAUUCUGUUAAUUCUUCAAUUAUGAACUGUGAGUAAUUUUAAUUAGGGAUUUAGGAUUGAUGAAGGGGUUGAUCAUGAUGUAUAACUAGAUUCUUGAUGGUUUAAUUGCAUGAAUGCCAUUUAAUUUCUGUUCGAAUAAUUCAACUGAUAUCUUUUGUAACCUGGAACCGCGGCUAGAAUUACAAUUGCUUAUAGAAUAAAUUAAGAGAAAUCUAGUUUAUUCUAGGACACAUUCACACACACUUAAUCGUUCGCUAAGAGAUUAGUAGCAAUUAAGGGGCCGUAAGCUCGCUCGUUUUAGCAAUAAUUUGGGAUUCUGUCGCAUGAGAGAUCAACCUGGUCCCCUAAAUUAUUGUACUCUAUGCUGCGUGAGUGGUGAGAACUUAGUAAUGAUAGCUAUGCUCAAUUGAAUUAAUUUCCUGUAAUUAGGCCUGAUCUGGCAGAAAUCUGGUUACCCCGGAAUCAAUCCCUCUUCCCUUCAUCAUUAAUUAGAAAGAACCCAAUCAAUUUUUUUUAUUCGCUCAUUCGCAUUAAUUUAUUUUCCAAACCACCCAAUCUCGCACAAUUGCAUUUUAUUUUAUUUUAUUUCUUUUUAAUCGUUGAAUUUAGUUAAUCUUUGAUUCCCUUUUGUCCGUCCCUGUGGAGAUGAUACUCGUACUUACACCACUAUAUUACAAUCUAUUUUAAGUGCGAGAAAACUCACAUGAGGGGUUUCAACCUAACUGACAUUUCUUCUCCUUUUUUACAUAUGUAGAAAAUACAAGUUACAAGGCUAAUAAAUGGGUGCGUACCAAUGAGUGACUCCCCCCCGCUUAGUUUGAAGCACUUUCCCAAUUGCUCUCUGCCAUCAUCACCGUUAUAGUCACCAUCAUAGCCUCAAUCGCCACCUCUAGAUCCACCAAAAUUACCUCACUGAGUGGGGUCAUACCAUGAGGGGUGUUGGAUUGGAGUCGACAUAGACAAGAAAUACCCCUGAUGAUCAAAGUAGGCAUAUAUAGGGCCGAAUUGGAGGUAGGCCUUCUGAGGGUAUGGUGAAGUAGCGUACGGGUUUAGGGUAGAUGUGCCAUUUGUAGAAAUUCCUUCCGGUGGCAUCUAAUAGAGUAGAUUUAACAUUUAUUUAUUGUUGGGGACUCUUAUUGUAAUUAUAACAUUUAUUCUCUUUAUAUAUAUCUGUCAUGGCUACCAUUAUGGUUAAGCCUGGUAAUUAUUCUCACAUGGUAUCAGAGCCCUAGGUUUCUACCGUAAUUUUUCCGUCUCCAAUGUCUUCGGACGACUCUUCUGCAGCGCCAAUCAACACCUCCUUUGCUUCUUCUUCAACCUCCAGCAGUACGACCACCGGCAGCAUCUUCACCUCCACUGCGCCAAUCUUCUCUUCGUCGUCUGCUGUGUCGGCUACCAGUGCAUCAAGCCCUUUGGUGUUCGGUGCUCCUCACUGAGAGCUUGCAGAUGCCACGGAGUAUAGGAGUAUGGUAGGUGCAUUACAGUAUUUAACUUUGACUAGGCCAGAUAUUACUUUUGCUUUACACUUGGUUUCUCAAUUUAUGCAUGCCCCACGUACUUCACAUAUGUUGGCUGUUAAGCGCAUUUUCAGGUAUCUACAGGGCACUUCCACGCAUGGACUUCUUCUACAGGCCUCUCGUGUUCGCCCAACUCUUAUUGCUUAUUCGGAUGCUGACUGGGCUGGCUGCCCUGAUACUGGCCGUUCUACUUCAGGCUAUGCUAUUUUUCUAGGACCUAAUCUCAUUUCAUGGCGUUCCAAGAAGCAGCCUACUGUCUCCAGAUCUUCCACUGAGGCUGAAUAUCGAGCUGUUGCAUUCACCGUUCAGGAUACUCUUCAUGUUCGCUCAGUGUUAUUUGAGUUGGGAUUCCCCAUUCGCGACCCUACUAUGCUCUACUGUGAUAAUAUUUCUGUAUCAUAUCUUUCAGUUAAUCCAAUUCAUCAUGCCCCGCAGUAAGCAUAUUAAUAUAGACUAUCAUUUUGUUCGUGAACGGGUGGCUCAUGGAGAUCUGCGUGUGAAAUAUGUUCCUACUCAAGCUCAGCUGGCAGAUAUUUUUACUAACUGUUUGUCUCCCCAACGAUUUGUUCUUCAUCGUGACAAUCUGUGCAUUGUUCCCCCUGCACAGCUUGAGGGGGUGUAAUAGAGUAGAUUUAAUAUUUAUUUAUUGUUGGGGACUCUUAUUGUAAUUAUAACAUUUAUUAUCUUUAUAUAUAUCUGCCAGGGCUACCAUUAUGGUUAAGCCUGGUAAUUAU